CCGGGAGGGUUUUUUUUUCUCGUCCGUCGCUGUCCCGUCGGUGAGGGCUCUCCCUUCCCCCGCCGCCCCCACCCCCCACCCCGAGCCCGGCCGCCCGGCUGGAGGGCGGGCAGCACCAUGGACGGGCUGGCCGUGGAGGUGCGCGGCUCGAAUGGCGCUUUCUACAAGGGAUUUGUCAAAGAUGUUCAUGAUGAUUCCGUCACCAUUGCCUUUGAGAACAACUGGCAACCUGAGCGACAACUUCCAUUCAGUGAUGUGCGUCUACCGCCUCCUGCAGAUUUCAACAAAGAAAUCAGUGAAGGUGAUGAAGUUGAGGUAUACUCCAGAGCGAAUGAACACGAACCCUGUGGAUGGUGGUUGGCAAGUGUGCGGAUGAUGAAAGGAGAUUUUUAUGUGAUAGAAUACGCUGCUUGUGAUGCCACAUAUAACGAAAUUGUCACCAUGGAGCGACUUCGCCCUGUCAAUCCGAACAAGACUGCCACCAAGACCAUGUUCUACAAACACACCAUCCCAGUGCCAGAGGACCUGAAAGAGGCCUGCGCAAAUGAGAAUGCUCACAAGGAUUUCAAAAAGGCUGUUGGAGCCCACUCCAUCGUGUACAACCACAGCACCAGUGAGCUGGUCCUCCUGUCUAUUAAUGAGUCCACUGUGAAACGUGCAGGCUUGCUGAGUGACAUGCACUUCCGCAGUAUUCGCACUAAACUGAUGCUGAUGUCCCGAAACGAGGAGGCAACUAAACAUCUUGAGACCACCAAGCAGCUGGCAGCUGCAUUCCAGGAGGAAUUCCGAGUCCGGGAGGAUCUGAUGGGACUUGCGAUUGGAACACACGGUGCCAAUAUUCAGCAGGCCAGGAAGGUGCCAGGGGUGACAGCAAUUGAAUUGGAUGAGGGCACGUGCACAUUUCGGAUAUAUGGAGAGACACCAGAAGCAGUAAAACAGGCUAGAGGUUACCUGGAAUUCUCUGAGAACUCUGUUCAAGUGCCACGAAGCCUCGUUGGCAAGGUGAUUGGCAAGAAUGGGAAAGUAAUUCAGGAGAUUGUGGAUAAGUCCGGUGUGGUGAGGGUCCGCAUUGAAGGAGACAAUGACAAGAGACUGCCCAGGGAGGAGGGAAUGGUUCCUUUCACAUUCGUUGGCACCAAGGAGAAUCUAGUGAACGCUCAAGUGCUGCUGGAGUAUCACCUGUCCUAUCUGACGGAAGUAGAACAGCUGCGUCUGGAGAGGCUGCAGAUCGAUGAACAACUUCGCCAGAUUGGCAUGGGUUACCGCCCGCUGUCUACCCGCGCUGACAAAGAGCGUGGCUACAUGACGGAUGACAGCACUGCCUCUUCCAUCCACAGCUCACGAUCCUACAGUGGCCGAGGACGAGGGAGGAGAGACAACAACUCCGACUUCUCCAAUGCUUCCGAGACAGAAUCCGAGCGGAGGGAUGAGCUGAGUGACUGGUCGUUGGGUCAGGCGGAUGAGGAUCGGGAUCGCAGGCAGGGAUCGGAUCUGAACCGGAGGAGGCCAGCUGGAGGCCGGGGGCGAGGGGGCCCUCCCUCUGGGAGAGGCCGUGGAGGAGGUCGAGGCGGGACAUCGUCGAUCAGUGCUGUGCUGAAGGAUCCUGACAGUAAUCCCUACAGCCUGCUGGAGAAUGCAGAAACUGAUCAAGCUGGUGACACGGAUGCCAGUGAAUCCCAUGCCAACACCAGCCGGCGCCGCAGAUCACGUAGACGCCGCACCGAUGAUGAUGCCACCAUGAUGGAUGGCGUUGUGGAGUCUGACACUGCGUCUGUCAAUGAGAACGGUGUGGACGAAAGUGAGGGUCGACCUCCCCGAAGGAACAGGAGCAGGCGGCGUCGCAACCGUGGAAACAGACUGGACAGUUCCCUGAGCCGAGACCGGCAGCCAGUUACAGUGGCCGACUACAUUUCUCGUGCGGAGUCGCAGAGCCGACAGUGUGGGUCUCAAAAAGAGCAAUCCGAGGGAACCCCUGAACAACAGCCCAAGGCAAAACAACAGGAGCAGGCGGACCCCAGUGAUGAGCCAAGUGCCGUGCCCAACGGCCCCACCAGUAGUCCGAGUGACAGCGCCACCAAGAGAGCGGGCAGCUCCCAGGAGCGUGGGCGAGCAGGAGCCACCAUCAAGCAGCAGGCUGUGGUGAACGGCGUUUCGUAAAAACGCCACAGCCUCCACCCUUGAAUCUCAGUCCGCUUGCAUCAUGUUUAUUCAAUAGUGCUUGUCAAAGCUUGCCAAAGAUAGGAAAUCUGAAUACUACGUAACUACUACUUACCAAUACCCGACUCGACACAGCACUUGCCCUCCCCUUACCCUCAGCACUGGACAGAGGUUUGAGGGGAGGUGUUCAAACAUAUAUCUGUGUAUCUGUUUUUUGACAUUUAAUUAAAAAGUUCGAGGAAAUAAAAAAAAUACACUUAAAAAAGCAAAAAAAAAACACAAAAAAAACCCAUUUAAUUAAAGAUGUUGUGCCUUCUAACAGUGUAAAAGGAAACUGUGGGAUUUUGUUUUCUGAUGUUUUGAUGGCCCAGGUCAGUGACUGAUAUAUUUAAAUAAAGAGGUUUGGUUAUAGAAGCUGAAGAUGGAUAGAUCAGAACGACUCUAGUAGAGAAUGUGAAGGAAAGAUGUCGGUUACUUAAAAGCUGUAUGUUUCAAAAGAAAACAUUAAAAAUUCUACAGGGAAAAAAAUUGCAAAAAAGGAAACUUGAGUAUGCAACCACUUCUGGUAAGGAGACACUGUAUAAAACGAUGCAGUCUGUAUUACUUGCACUGAUUAGUAAAUCAAAAAAAGAACAAGUAUAACUGGGGGGAGAAAAAUAACUAAAAGCAGAAAUGAUUCAGUCAUUGCUGAUUCGAAUGUAAGGAGAAAACACUGGAAGGGAAGGAGAGGUGGCGAGGAGCAGGAAGGAGGGCUGAGUGAAAAACGAGGAGGUGGCUCCAGAGAUUGUCAGGAAGGUUGGACAAAGCAGCUUCAGUUAAAAGGUUAAUUUAUUUUCACUGUACAGUAUUUAAAAACCGAACUCUCUAUAGCCUUGCAUCACACUAACCCUAACGCCCACAUUUCUUCAGUGCGUGUGUAUGACACUGAGCCCGAGCAGCUGGUUUUGAUAUUUGUUACCUGUUGUGCUGCAGGAGAAUGGCUAGUGCGUGUGAUCAUGAGACUUCAUAAUGGCAAAAAUAAUCUAAGGUUAAUAAUUCUUUUCUUUAAAUUACUUCAUGACCCUAUUUACAAAACGUGCACACCGCUCCUCCCUGAUGGCAGUGGUGAGACUCUGAAGCCACGUGGCUGUUUGAGUUCUGACUGAGCAGUAACUGAAGGCAUUGGCAGUACCAGCCUGGUUUGCUUCAGGGUAGGGAAGGAGACAGGUUAUCACACCGCAGAGGCUGUGAGAGCCUUGUUAAGAAGGGCGCCCCCCACCACCGCUGGGUCCUGCCUGACAGUGAGCUGACCGGAGCAGGAGUCAUUGCAGUAACUGGAGAGCAACAGUCAGCCAGCCACAACUGAGGGCGAUUUAAGAGGAGUGAGCUGCUCAACCACUUGGGGAGUUGGGUGAGGUGCCCGGUGUGAGACUCCCUGCCCUCUGGGUGUGUGCGUAUCUUGGUUGCGAGUUUGCUGCCACGGAUGAAGUAAUUUUGUUUGCGUUGAAAUUUUUACAAAUGAUUUUGCCCACCGUGCAUCUUCAACAGUUUGAAGGGUAUUUGAAACUGCGUUACGGUGUCAAUUUGGAUCUGUAUCGUACACACUGGUUGUUUCACAUGGAAACCUGGAUGGUGCUGCAAAUUGGUUGGCUCCGUGAGUGUAGGAAAGGGUUGGUUUCCUGUCUCUGAACUGUCUUGUGUAUGAGAUCCCAAACUAUGAAUGUUUUUGUCCUUUGUUUUUCUUUUUUUUUUUUAAAAAAUUGUUUCUUUUUGGUUGAUGUGCAAUAUGUUUUCUUUGUAUGCAAGUAGUUCCAAAAUAAAGUUUGAUCUUCCAUCUUCUAAA